AAUCUCCAGCUGGUGGUACAGACAAAAUGCUGUGCGAGAGUACGCUCGAGGUGGGAGCGAACGGGGGACGGGGGUCAAAGAAAGAGGAGGGGGCAACAGAAGGUUACACUGCGCCUUUUGAGAUGACCAGUUUAGUUCUGCUUGGCAUCCGAAGCGCAUGCUGCGCAGAGUCCAAGGGUGACACGGUGACCAUCCUUCGACCAGCUGUUGCGAAGCUGAUUCAACAACCAGUCAAGUCGACCGGUGCACGGGGAAACGCCACAAGAUAAUUAUGCCGUGUGUUCCGCUGAUCAAGGAGCUUGCUGCCAAAAAUCGCAUUGGUGCUGGUGCAGUCUGACGUUUCUGGAGCAUACGGUUCCAACAACUGGCGAUCACGCACGUGUACAACAUUCGCAACUGCUACAUGUCAAAGCGCCUUCCUCGAAGCAUGAGAGCAAAAAAUUGAGCGUAAUGCGGGAGACGCGUUGGCUUUCAACUUGUGAAUGAUCAGAUCAGCCGCGGGAUCUGGGUACACAAAGUGAACGGUGAACGGUGCCACUUCGAGCGCGAGCACUGUCCUAGAGAGCGGGAGUCGCAACGACAUUUGUGUGACGCGUUCGCUAUUUGCAGGGGCAGCUGGUUUUCCUCUGAAUGAUGCUCGAUCGUAACACGUGGAACAUCAAUAAAAUCGAUAAAGUGUUCAGCGCAUGUUGCGGAAACGUGGCGAGCAUUGACUCGUUUCCCUACACCUUCAACAUACGUUUCACUGCGGCGCACACUUGGCUGCUGAUAAACGACACUUGUGAAAUCGGCGUAGACAUUUUCACUGCUGCCGAGAGCCGGAGGGAAGGAGAACCGUCAACAGAAAAACAUUGGUAGCAACCCGGCGUCGUUACUUCACUAGCGCACUUCCUGAAAAAGAUAUCAACCACGCCGUCGAGGCAACUUUCGCCUAAAGAAAAUCCGAGAGGCGUGUGUCACGUCUUGGAAAACGAUUUGAAAAACUGGUGCAAUCGUUGUUCGAUCAGAUUCGGGAAUCCAGCGAAGACUAACGAAGCCACUCGGAGAAGCACGUUGCGAGUAGAGGUCACGAAGAGCAGAUAUGAGCACGAGUAGUCGUUGGUACGUGAUCUAAGAAUAUCGCGGUGUGGAUCGUUGAACCGGUGAGGGGGCUCCCUUUCUUCUUUCCACGUGUCGUGCUGCCCGGGAGAAAUAAAUCAGAAACUUUCUCUGACAACGCAAGGCUCGGCGUCAGUACUCCGUAAACGAUGUCGGGGGACACCACGUCUGACGACGAGGGAUCGCAGGAGGAUCCGCCGCGAUAUGACAUCGAUGAUCUGGAGAUCAUUAAAACUAUUGGCACAGGCACAUUCGGCAGAGUGGUCCUCUGCAGGCAUCACGGUACACCUCUCGCUCUGAAAAUCCUUUCCAUGGUCGACGUGAUCAGAUUGAAGCAGGUUGAGCACGCGCGCAACGAAAUCACGAUCCUGAAAGAAGUUAAGCAUCCUUUCAUCGUCAACAUGCUGUGGAGCGGUAGAGACAAAGCCAGAGUGUACAUGUUACUGGAGUUUGUUGCUGGCGGGGAACUCUUUUCUUACCUGAGGGCGGCGGGUAGAUUUGCUGGACCCACGAGCUGUUUCUAUGCAGCCGAAAUAGUCUGUGCCCUGGAGUAUCUGCACAGUAAGCACAUAGUUUAUCGGGAUCUCAAGCCGGAGAAUCUUCUGUUGGACAGCCAAGGCCAUCUCAAAAUCACCGACUUCGGUUUUUCGAAGAAACUUACGGACAGAACAUGGACCUUGUGCGGCACGCCAGAAUACUUGGCGCCGGAAAUAAUUCAAAGCAAGGGACACAAUAAAGCUGUGGAUUGGUGGGCAUUGGGCGUCCUAAUCUACGAGAUGUUGGCGGGAUACCCACCGUUCUUCGAUGACAAUCCUUUCGGAAUCUACGAGAAAAUCCUGAGUGGUAGGAUAGAGUGGCCGAAACAUAUGGACCCCAUAGCGAAAGAUCUGAUUAAGAAAUUGUUGGUCGCCGAUAGGACGAAGAGAUUGGGAAACAUGAGGCAAGGUGCUGAAGACGUCAAAAGGCAUCGAUGGUUUAAAUUAGUGGAGUGGCCUCUGGUGCCGCAAAGAGCCUUGACACCCCCGAUAAGACCACGUGUGAAAACGCCGGGCGACGCAAGCUGCUUCGACGAUUACCCUGAAAUCGAUUGGCGUUCCCAACCACCCUUACCGCCGGAUCAAUUAGCCCUAUUUCAAGAUUUUUGACAAUUGAUAUGACGAUAUCGUUGAAUAGUCGCGAUAUUUUACAAUUAACAUUAUUUCACAUUCAACAAAUUCGGUAAAUGGCGAUGUAUAAAGAUACUGCGCUAAAAGAGCACAUCUUUCGGCAUAGAGCGAACGUGAUCAAACGUAAUUUCGACGACGCUUUCGAUUACGUUUGAUAAUUAAUUUUCUACUCUGUACAUAGGCGACUUUUUAUAUCUCGUUGUAUAUUAUUUAUUUAUACAUGCUAGACAUGUCUAGACUAGGCAUCCUUUUUCAUUGUUUCUUGCGAAUCCUGUAAAUAAAGAAUGUACAGCGAA